UCGCCACCAGUCAAUCCCAUAUAAUCAGUCCACCGUAGCCCCCAAGAAACGGCCGAACACAUUCAUCCCAACUGCUGGUUUGCUAUAUAUUGGGACGGCAUAAUCGCACUCCGUUCAGGCAGUGGCAGUGAGUGAUCUUUGAGAAAUAGGGAUGGGGAAACUGAGAAUUGGCGGGGCGUGGAGUGGGGUACUGGAAGUGGAGUUGGAUGAGUGGACAGUGAUCAAAUUGAGGGAAGAGGUGGCCAAUCGAUCAGGCAGCAGCGGGCCGCAGUGCAUAAACCUUAUAUGCGCGGGCAGGGUUUUGAGGGAUGGCGCUGGCACCGAAAAUUUAACUCAAUUGGGGGUGAAAAACAAUGCCAAAAUAUUGGCUUCCAAGGUCUCCGUCGAUCAAGCCGGCAAAUCCGUCAAGGAUGAAUUCUUGGCCGAAGAGGAGCGGUCCAAGCGCCUUUCCCGAAUUAGGGCUGCUGCCACUGCGUUGGCUGGCAGACAUGCAGAUGGCUCAUUGCCGGUGGAGGACUUCAAUCUAGAGCUUGAAAAUCAAAGUGGAGAGAAAGUGCAGUUGGGAUCCGAGACUGACCAAAGAGCAAUAAUGAUGGGACUUAUGCUUCACGCAAAUGCAAAAGCUCUGAUAAGAAGGCAAAAAUAUAGAGAUGCAUUAGAAGUGCUCGUCAUGGGUGAGGAGGCUUUCUCACUGUGUGACCCAAAAUUGAUAGAGAUGGUUGACAACGUGUCAAUUCUUCAAAUAGACAUGGUUUGGUGCUAUUUUAUGCUCCGUGAUAUCACUUGGCUCUCAGUAGCAGGGGUUCGACUUGCAAAAGCCAGAGAAGGUAUUGAACGUGCUCAUGGAAAAGAAUCUGCUCGCUUGAGGAUUCUGCAAGGAGGCCGAUAUCCUGAGUUAGCUUUGCACUUGAGAAUGGAACUGUUAGAAGGAGUUGUUGCAUAUCACAGUGGUUACUUGAAGAAGUCUAAGGAUGCCUUGACCUCGGCUCAAGCCAAAUACUACCAGCUUCAAGUUCCAGAUGAUGUCCUGUCCUUCAUAAUGAGUAUGGGGUAUAAAGAACGUGAAGCAAAAAGGGCCCUUCGCAUGAACAACUUGGAUGUUGGCAAUGCAAUUGAUUUUCUUGUUGAGGAGAGAGCAAAAAAGGCCCAAAAACGGGAAGAGGAUCGGCAAAGACAGAAAGAAAUAUUGGAGCAGAAACAAUAUGGAACGACGCCCCUUGGGAAAGCAGUGGAUAUAGCACUAUUGAAUGAAUUGGUCUCUCUGGGGUUUGAGAAAGAUCUAGUUGCGGAAGCUCUUAGGCAAAAUGAAAAUGACACCCAAAAAGCCCUGGAUGACUUGACAAAUCCAGAAAUGAACUCUAAAUUACAAGAUGAAAUUAUAUCAAGGAAAAGCAAAAGAUCGCGGAAAGCAACAAUCGCUGCCUGUAACAAUCUUGUAUCCAUGGGCUUCGACAGAGGAUCAGUGGAUACAGCUCUUCGUAUGUUUGCUGGUAAUGAGGAAGAGGCACUAAAUUAUCUGCUCAAUGCUCCACAAUAUGCAUUCAUUGAAGGAACCGAUCCGACUGUUCAACCACAUGUCCCUCAUGGAAUAGAUAAUGACAUAGGAGGUGACAGCACCAACAUAGAAGGCGGUGAAAGCAGCGCGCCGUUGAACCACAGUGAAGAUCUCAAAGAGCGGGAUGUGGAAAUGGAGGAUGAGCUCACUGGUGAAUUGCAAAAUGCUGAUGCUUACUCAGACUACGACAUUGAUGUUACAAAAGAAGGCGAAGCUAUACAUGAGUACUUCGCGAUGCUCAGCUCCACUGAGAGUGAAACAUCUUAAAAGAUCUUUCGACUCUUAACCCCACACCUCUUGUAUAGUAGCACAUUGCAAAUGGCAUGAAUUCAUUACAAUGGAUGCGAACUAAAUGAAGAUCUGUUUAUAUGAAUAGACAGUGAUUGCUUUCAUAGAUAAUAAGAUGUCUCAAUCUUUCUAGAA